UGUUUUUGUUGUUUUAAUGUUUCUAAUGUUUUUACUGAUGUUUUUGCUGAUGUUUUAAUUGAUGUUUUUGUCAAAUUAUUUUUAUUUAAUUGUUUUCCUUGAUGUUUUUGUUGUUCAAUUUCCGUUCCACAUUUGUUCUCUUCCACAACAUUUUUAAUAAUAAAAUUUUUAUUUUUAAUAUUUAUUAUGUUAAUUGUUGUUUUUAUUGUUUCCCCUUUAUUUUCUUCCCCAUUUAUUUUUGUUGUUUCGCUAUUAUUAUUAUUUUCAAGUGCUGCUGCAACUUUUAUUUCUUCUGGUUUUUGUUUUAAAUUACAAAGUUGUAUUCCUUGUCCUAAUAAUAUUAAAUUAUGUUGUCGUUCCAUUAGUUUUUAA